GUUUUUUAGCUAGCAUGCUAGCUCCAUUUUUCUACUGUGUGAGAGGUUCCUGGGGGUGCUGCUGGCUGGGGAGGAUCUGAUGGAAGCGCUGCUGCUGUUGCUUCAUGAAAUGAUUUGAUUUGGCAAUUUUAUGAUUGUCCUUAUUUACGGCACAAUGAUAAGGAAAAGACUAAAAUAGCGUUAUGUCGGUCAUUUUUGGGGGAGAGAAAAUAUCGCUAACAGUGGUCUGAUGCAGCUUGCUAGUUUAGUGGAUGACACAGUAAACCAAAGCCGCUUUCUUUGAUAUUUUGCUUGCUGGCUCGGUUAUUUGGUUAUUUUUUUUUUCUUGUUUGGAAACUUAGCGGAAAGACAUGUCCGGCACUAAAAUGAAGAGAAUGAACAGUUUCCAAAGGUUUAUGAACCGUCGGGCCUCUGCUAACUGCCGCUAUCAGCCCACCCGCUAUGAGCACGCUGCAAACUGCUACACUCAUGCGCUCCUCAUUGUACCAGCCUUCGUGGGCAUGGCGUUGCUCCACCGCCUGUCCGACGACCGCUGGGAGAAGAUCACUGCCCUGGUGUAUGGCAUGGGUCUGUCAGCGCUCUUCCUGGUCUCCACAGGGUUUCACAUCAUCACCUGGAAGAAGAGCCACAUGAGGUCGAUGGAGCACUGUUUCCACAUGUGUGACAGAGUGGUCAUCUACUUCUUCAUUGCUGCCUCCUACACACCAUGGUUGAACCUUCGAGAGCUGGGCCCUGUGGCCGCUCACAUGCGCUGGUUCGUGUGGCUCAUGGCUGUGGCUGGGACUGUCUAUGUAUUCUACUACCAUGAGAAGUAUAAGCUAGUGGAGCUGGCCUUCUACCUCACCAUGGGUUUCUUCCCGGCACUGGUCAUCACAUCUAUGAGCAACACGGAGGGUCUUGUGGAGCUGGCGUUCGGGGGCCUUAUCUACUGCCUGGGCGUGGUCUUCUUCAAGUCGGAUGGCGUCAUCCCCUUCGCCCAUGCCAUCUGGCACGUGUUCGUGGCCUUGGCGGCCACCGUGCACUACUAUGCCAUCUGGAAGUAUUUGUACAAGACGGCGAGCGACGUGGACGCCAUUCAAGAAGCCUGAGGAAGAGGAGGAGGAGAAGGAGGGGGAGAGGUGUGUCCUGAAUCCCCUCACAGCAGGAGUGGGGGGUGGGAAAAGGGGGUGGAGUCAGCCUACGUGCACCCCCCUUUCCCCAGGAAAGGGAGGGGAGGUCUGUUGGCAGACCUGAGGUUGAAAGAGGACAUGCAGUAUAUCAAGCACAUGAAAACCGACAGUUUUAGGGUGCAUUCCAUAUACCUCCAGACAUUUGGAGACUAUCACACGUGUUUUGUAGCGGGUGAACAAAAUCCAGUGCACCUUAGGUUGUCUGAUAGUUGUAAUGGACCCAGGUGGUAGUCACCCACCCAUGUCGGCUGCUCCUUUCCCUUCGGGCCUCUCUGUGCUCUCAGAUCAAGUUUACCACGAUGACCAUGUAUUGUUUACUGUUUUCGAUGUAAGGAACAGUUUCCCUAACGACGCACACCCCUUCAUCCGAGACAACUUUGUGUCUGAGUUUUGUACCGCUUUUAUUCUAUUAAGAAACAAAAACAUGAUAAUGAUCAUAACCGCCCCCUGAAAAACAAGGUGGUUACAGUUAUUUGUGGUUGUAUACUUCAUCUCUGUUUGUUACUAAGCGUGACAGCCGUUAUGGGUGUCUGUCUGUUGUACCACUGAGAGAACCUCACAUUCCAUAGACAACGUCAUAGUAGUGAACAGUGACUCAUCGAUUGUGUUAUUGAGGUUUCAACAUUUGAAGUUAAUGUCCCACGUCCAGACAAGCUGUUGUCUGGUAUUAACGUCUGUAUUGCAGUCUUACAUUUCUGAGAUUGGUUGUUAUAUUAUGGAUACAUACCAUACAAACAAUGAAAGCGGGAUAUUUACACUGCUGUGAAUAAGGGGAAAUCCUCUGGACCUUCAUGUCCUCAGACGGUGGAUGAGCGUGCAUGAAUAUCAUCACGUGUGUGUGUGUAUUUGGGUGUAUGUUUGGGUGUGUGUGUGUGUCUAGGUGGAGCCUGGUGUCGAGGCCAGUGUAAUUGGGGACUUUGUAACGUGUGGGGGAGGUAUUAAGAUGACCACGUUUGACUUCAAAAUGUACGCAAGGGACUGUAACGGAGGUGGUUCAUGAACCAAGCACUUAUAAUGACUUCUCCCUGCUUCGAGGGACUCCUCAUACUUGGGGGUACAGCCUCUUGGGCUGAUGGUAGUACCAGCAGGAGGGGGGGGGUCAGGGUCAGGGUCUUUCUGGAAAGAUGAUUCUUAUCUGUUAUUAUUUUUUAUUCAUCCUUUGAGACUACUCUUGCACAUAGCUGUGUUGCAAUGAGCUGGGGGUGCUGCAGUGUACAGAUUUCAGUGUGUACGAGGGUAUGGGUGGGGGAGUGAGGGAUUGGGCAGGGAAAGGGUGGGGUUUUGGGUCAGGGGUGGAGGGGGGGGGGGGAAUGAACAGACAGGAAAGGAGUUCAGUGUGUCGUAAGGGGUUUGGGGUUCAUGGUCACAUGUCUGUGCGUCGUUGUGAUAGACCAGCAUGACGUGUGCAACUGGGUUUCUCUUCAUCCCUCUGAGUCGAGCCAGACCCAUCUUCUUCAACUAGCAUCCAUCGCCCUGCGCACAUCUCUAACAAGCUAGCCAAUCUUUCCCAGUGUGAUGCCUCCUACAGUCUGAAGAAACGUUAUUAGCUUCCCCUCUUUUGCGUUUUGUGGAGUAGCAGACUUCCACUGUCCACAUGAGGGAUUUUGAUGAGAAAUGUGAUGAGUAUAAAAACGUAUUGAUCUCUUGACCACUGUAAUGUUUUUGUAAUGUUUGUAACAUGUUGUUUUCAGACCAUGCAGUGGGCACUGUGUUGGCCUUGUCUAAGGCAGAUCUGCUUCUUGGUGAUUCCAUUGGCUUGGAUGGUGCUGUGCAAUGUAACCCUCCUUACACACCACCAUACAUAGGCUCUUUCUAACCUGUUAUUAAAAACUGCUUUUACUCUCACGUGUGUCAUGCUUGGUUAUUUGUACAUAUAGUGACUGGGCGUCCUCCAAGAGUUUGUUUGAUUGGUGUGUAUGUGGGCAUGCUUUUAACUUUCCAUGUUGAACACGUCAGCUCAGGAAUCGCUCUUUUUAUUUUCUUUUGAUGUUCAUAAACCGUAACUCCCAAAAGUUUUUUUUCUAAGUUUCAAUCAAUCAUAUGCAUUUACUCAUUUUGCUAUCAUAAAGCCAGUAUUCCUCUUGUAAAUAUCCUCCUCUAGAUUAACAAUGUGUGUACUCAAUACAAGCACAACUAAGAUUCUACCAGAAAAAAUAAGUAGAGACAUGCGGAGAAUAUGAGAUAAAGACUUUAUUAGACGAUACAAACGCCUGAGACAGGAACAGGGGCCUCAGCCUGCAUCACAUGGAGGAGAAUCUUCCUCCACUCCGUCACAUACCAACACUCUGACAUCCUGUUUCCUGUCGCUCACGUUUCCUGUUGCCGUUGCCAUGAGUAUGAUGAUUAACAUGUUACCUGCAGUGUGUUUUUCACGAUUAGGAAAUAAACAAUAAAAUAACAAAUUAGAAUCGUAGUAGUCAUUCGUUGCGAGUUGGGUGUUUAUAUGAGGCUUUCGAAGAAGCUGGGCCUAUAGCCGUGUGUUGUGUUGACGUGAAGUUGUUGACAGACUGAUUUGAAGUCCGUGUUCAAGGCACUGGGUUUGGGAUCGGUGGUGUUCUGGGGUGUGUGCGAGGUAGUGGGACGCAUAAUAUGUUAGGAGGUGUACAUGCCGCUGUGUGUGGGGGAGGUGUUUGCAAACUACUCUUUAUUCUGUUUUAAUAUAAUCUUUGCGUGAGACGGCAAGGAAAAGCUUAAUGUAAGACCUUCGUCUGACACUUCAGACAAACACCUUUCACGUGAAGAAAUCUGAGGCUUGUGGAAAUGAGUCAUUUCUGAGGGCACACCUGCGUCUUCCAUCAUGUAAAUAUAUACGUCUAUGAGCAUAUCUACAGUGACGCCUAAUGGCAGGGGGUGGAACUACAGGUGGCUGGAUCCGAUUGGCCGAUCAGUGAUCAGUUGGGUACAUUCUUUCUGCUGUGGCUCUCACCUGUACCUGUUGGCCACACCCCUUCACGGUAACAACAUAACCCUGCAGGUGCCACAGAAACAAACUGUUAUACUGGGCAUCUUUUAGUAAUAUACUUUGUAUUUCUUUAAUAAUAUUCUGUAUCUGCAGUGUCUUUUUUGUCUUUUUCUUUUACGAACAUAGUCAGUAAUGUAUAGGAAAGUACUGUACAAAAAGAAGAACGUAUACAAUAUAUUUGUAUUAUAAACAUAUCUCUUAUCAUCAUAACCAAUAUAGUGUCUCUGAGGGGAAUAUUUUGGUCUGUAGGAAACACUGAUUGGGUGAACUACAUUUUGGAACAACGCCAUCCUAUGUUUUCUUCAACAUAUUUUACAUUCAUAUAGCUAUCAUUAGACAAAGGAACAACAAACAAACAAAAAUGGCUACAGAGAUACCUACAUAUGUAUGUACUGUGUACUGCAAAACUGUAUCAAUGUCUAACAGCUGGUUCACACAUUUUUACGGACUGCAUGCGGUUUCAAUACAAUCCCUAUACAUGGGUCGGUUUGACUCUGAAAUACA